CCCCCCUGGGAUGCCGCGCGGCCGCCGCGGCGGCACCGCCGGCGCGCGGCUGGCGGCCGCCGCGCUUGCGGUCGGGACGCGCGCCGGUGGCCACAGCGGCGGCAGCAGCAGCGGCGGGCACGCGAUCCAUGGCGGGCACGCGCUCCACGGCCGCGGCAGCCCAGGCGAGGGCAAUCGCAGCGGCGGCAGCGGCGGCCACGGCAAGCCAGGUAACAGCAGUCGGCAUGAUGACAGUCGUCGGCACCGCCGCCUGAAGAUCACCAACCACUGCGACCGCGAGCCCAUUUGGAUCGCCCACAUGGCGUCGACUGGCACCGGGCCCGACCAGCAGAACCUGAGGCUCGACCCCAUGCAGUCGCACGACUUCGUGACAGAGGACGGCCUGGCCUCGACCCGCUACUGGCCGAAGAUGCGCUGCGACGCUCACGGGAACGGGUGCCUGCUCGGCGACAGCGGAGGGCCGCAUCAGAUUUGCGACGAGACCAUCGGCUGCGCGCCACCCGUGGACAGCAAGUUCGAGGCCAGCUUCGGCAUGAACGGCACCGACUGGGUGGAUGUCAGCCUGGUGGACGGCUGGACGCUGCCGUUCAAGUUCGUCGUAGACGGCAAUUGCAGCGCGGGCGACGGCAACCGCGCGGUGCGGGGCGUGACGGACUGCUCCAGGCUCUCGCUCUCGCAGUGCCCGUCCAGCGAGGCCAUCGGCGGGAAGAAGUUGAGCCUCGAGGUUGUCCAGCCGGGGACCAACAACGUCGUCGGAUGCUACAGCCCCUGCAGUAAGCUGACGCUCAGCCAGUGGGGCAACGACGGGGCGCAGGGCGUGACGCCUGCCGACCGGAAGGCCUCAAGCUACUGCUGCCCUACGCCCCCGGAGACGCCCGAGGCGUGCCGGAAGGGGCCCGUGGAAGGCACGAAGUUUGUGAAGGCCGUGCACAAGCAUUGCCCAGGUGUUUACGGAUACUCGUACGACGAUGGCAUGGGUCUGAUCACAUUCGGCGGCGAGCCCGGGGGGGCCGACGACGGCCACGGGGUCCGCGCCACGCCUGCCGAGGGCAGGCGGCCUGGCAGGGGCAACCGCAGCGGCUCCGGCGGCAGCGCCCAGGAGGCCGGCGGCGAACUCGUGGAGCCAGGGGCGGCGUGGAACCAGUACUGCGCCGACCCGGCCGUGUACAGCGGGCACUCCUCGGGCCUGGAGGACUGCCAGAGGCGCUGCCGGCUCAACCCCGACUGCGGCUUCCUCUCCCACUGGCAGUCCCGAGGCCAUCACUGGUGCAGGCUGACGCAGCGGUGCGACAAGCUCAGGCACCACGGCGCGCAGCCGAUCUCGAUCUACCGGAAGACGUCCAGGAGAAGUCCGCUCCGGAGCCGGCGCCGGCGCCAGCGACACCGCCGCAGGCGCGGGCGCCGGCGGCGGACGAGGAGGAGGGCAACGCGACGGCCCGCGGGACCUGCUGCUUCCUCGAGCGGGAGCCGGGGGGCGCCUGCCGGGGCGGGUGCGCCAGCGGCGCGUCGGCGGCGGGCGGGCCCUGCGCGGCGUCCCGCGAGGGCUGCAGGCGCUGCCUGGCCGGCGCGGUGUGGU